AUGUUAAUCAUCUAUUUUUUAUCAUUCCUUUUUGCAUUUGGUGAUACUUAUAAUUGGUCUGAACUUGAUAUUCCAAUUGAACAUUCGACUUAUUUCUUUACAAAUAAUCCUUCCAUACAUAAUCAAUGUCUUCUUGAUAAAGAUAAAUGUCCUUAUUAUGAACAAGCAAAAAAUCUUCCAUCAUCUGAUAUAGCUUGUUGGGGUUAUGAACCAAAUUGUAAAAAUAAUGCAUCACUUAUUCAAUGUCCCGAUGAUAGUCGAGGUUGGACAACAACGAAAGAAAAACAAAUCUAUGAAUUUUGGCGAACAGCUGAUUUUGGUUAUAUUGCAGAAAAACGUAAUGAAUUAAAAGAAUUUUGUUCAUCAUCACUUGAAUGUGUUGAUCAUUUACGUUUUUGUCGAGCAAAUAAUAUUUAUAUUGAUUUUCGACAUAUUGAAACAUCAAAACAUCAAGAUCGGUAUCGUGAAGAUAUACUUAAAUAUGGUGAUAUUGGUGGUAAUUGUAAAUUAAAUCGUAAUGAUUUAAUUAAAAAUGGUGAUCAUAAAAGUCCAUUACAAAGUUGGUUUUCUGAAUUACAAGUUUUUAUUGAAGUAAAUGAUACAAAUUCAUUUAAUUGUGAUUUAUAUAUAACGAAACCAACAAUAUUUAUUAAACUUGAUAGUGGAUAUAAUAUGUAUCAUCAUUUUUGUGAUUUUAUUAAUUUAUAUGUAUCACAACAUAUGAAUAAUACAUUUUCGAAAGAUAUACAAAUUAUUUUAUGGGAUACAAGUAAAAAUGAUUAUUGGAGUUUUUUUUCGCAUACAUGGAAUGCAUUUACAUCAAAUCGUCUUAUACAUAUUAAAGAAUUUGAAGGAAAACGUGUAUGUUUUCAAAAUGUUAUUUUUUCAUUUCUUGCUCGAAUGUUUUAUGGUUUCUAUUAUAAUAUGCCACUUAUACCGGGUUGUACACAAACAAGUUUAUUUCGUUCAUUUCAACAAUAUAUUAUUCAUCGUCUUCGUAUACCACAAUUAGGACCAUUAAAAUCCAAUAAAAUUCGAAUAACAUUAUUGAAUCGUACAACACAAUUUCGACAGAUUUUAAAUGCUGAUGAAAUUGUUCAACAUUUAAGAAAUGUUUCAAUUAAUGAAAAUAAUGAUUAUAUAAUUAAUGUUAUAGAUUAUAAUAUUAAUAUACCAUUUAUUGAACAACUUAAUAUUACACAUAAUACAGAUAUUUUUAUGGGAAUGCAUGGUGCUGGUUUAACUCAUUUACUUUUCUUACCAGACUGGGCAACUAUUUUUGAAAUACAUAAUUGUGAAGAUCGAGAUUGUUAUUUAGAUUUAGCUCGUCUUCGUGGUGUUAAAUAUUUUACAUGGGAAAAUGAUGCUAAAGUUUAUCCACAAGAUGAAGGACGACAUCCAACAUUAGGAACACCACAUAAAAAAUUUACAAAUUAUGCAUUUGAUAAAUAUGAAUUUGCUCGUAUUGUACGUAAAAUGGUUAAAUAUGUUAAAGAACAUCCGGCUUAUCGUUCUGCAAAACGAAUAAAAUAUUCUACAACGAAUCCUAUACCGACACUAAAAGUUGAACAACGAGAUACAAAAACAAGCAAAGAUGAAUUUUAA